UUACACAUCUGUGUGGAGCGCAUUGCCCAGUAAAUAAACGAGUGAAGUGUGAUAAAAACUCAAAGUCGUGUAAAUUUCCGUUGACAAUCGAAACAAACGACAUUCUAAAUCCAAAAAUACGCUUUGAACCGAGAAAAUCCCCGAGUUGAUGUCAUUUUCAAAGUGGAAAAUCCUCGUGUGUUUAACCUGGGACAAAAAAAGUGCACACUCAAGGCAUUCUCAACAGGGAUGUCCUUCUUUAUGCGUCGCUCGGCAAGUCAGUAAUUCCCCCUUUCUUUUCCCGAGAAUCACGCACGUCACAACGUAGACUCUCCAUCAAUUACGGUUAUAUCUCAACAAUAAAACUGCUAAAAAGUACGUAAAACCGUCAAAUGCAAAAUUAUUCUUUGUCAUAAUCCAUUAAAUAACUAUUAACCUUCAUCUAAUUAAAUAAUCCAAUAAUAUCCCCCGAAAAUAACGCAAAAUACGUGGACAUCACAUGACUGCGUGACCAACCGAAGCUUUCAGCAUAAAAAAUUGUUAACGACGAAUUGAAAAAUUCUUGACAUUCUCACCGAAACAAUUUUUACAAAUCGAGGUACUAAAGUACAACAAAAUUCCAAAGAAAUGGGAGUAUCCUCAUAAUUCUGCCUGCAACGGCAUCGCCCUAAAUGAAUUCGCGAAUGAACAAUGGAAAAUACUGACUGCGAGAAGCCAAAGUUAAAAAAACGUAAACGUGCUGCACCAGUAGCUCCAAAGCUCCAGGUAACAGAGUGUGUCCGUGAGUUCAAGCUGCCCCAGACGUACCCCAGCAUGGCGAACGCAAUGAAAAAGUCGUCAAUGAACGUGACCCUGGAGAGAAUCAGGGGCACCCAGUCCACCAUAAACUUGAAGAUCAAAUCCGGGAAGAUCGACCCAACGAACAAGCUGCAGAAGCUCAAGCUAAAGUCCCCCGAUGGCAGAGAUUUGGGUGAGUUCGACGUCCAGGUGUUGCCCCACAUCACCGGUGACAAUACCCUCUCGAUGCUGAAGAGCAUCAGCCCCGAGGCCUCGAAGAUCCCCCAGCUGAAGGUGCCCGGAGGCAUGAAGCCUGCCCCCACCAUCUCCACCAUCAAGUACCUCCAGAAACCGACGCAGGAGGCGAGGCCGUCUGAUCAGUCAGCGACACAUGGAGUCCUGAUUCCAAUUUCUCCAGUGGUGGUAAACGGGCAGAACUACGGAGUGCAGAAUGGAACUUGCCAGCAGAUGAAUGUGGGCAACAAUGGGGCUGUCGAUGCCUCGAAUGUUCCCUUGAACUUCAACAAAAUGCAGAGUAUGGGGAAUGUCAGCAUCAAGAACACGAGGACUCUGCCGCCUGGGAUGAAGAUCAAGGUGGUGAAUGGUCUGAGUUCGCAGAAGCUGAUUGGAGGGAAGCGAGUUGUCAGCAAGGACAGGAUCAUUGGGAGCAAGAGGAAGUCAUUGGAGACGCCAGUUGCUCGAAUUGAUCCCAGCAAGAUCAUCAAGCUGGACAGCUUGGAGACGGUUAACGUUGAGAAUGACAUGUACUACGUUGUGCCGGAUGAGGAGACGUUGAAGGUCCUCCCUGGGGUGGAGCUGCCGACCCAGGAGACCCUGGAGAACGUCAGGCAGGCACCGAGGAGCUCCUUGGGACGUGUUAAUCUUCUCAGAAGGGAGAAGAAGGAGCCGAAUGCUUCGAGUGGGUCGACCAGGUCUGAAUGCGACAGCACGAAUAUUCCGGUGGUCCAGCAAGGGGGCAGUGAUUUUGGUGGGGAUGGGAAUGGGGAGUCGACGGAGGUCGAUGGGAAUGACUUGAGUGUCCUGGGGGAGGCUCUGAGGUCCCUUCCUGAUGCUGAGUUGAGGAAUAAAGCGCUGGAGGCCCUCAGGAGUGUGGGCAUUGGAGUCGAGAGACUCAUCCCCAAGAAAGCUGUUGAGCAGAUUUCUGUUAAAGACUCGGAGACCCAGACUGAGGUGUUCUGUAUGCUGGACAAGGGGAAGGAGGAGUUCGUGAGGGCUUGUGAGGAUGAAGAGGGACUGGAGAGGAUUCCUCUGAGGGAGAGGCAGGUGGAGGCGGCCGAGGGGGAGGGCAGGAGGGAGGACACGCCACAGGAGAGGUGGAGGUGUGCGUUCGAUGGACGAGAGUUGGACUCUAUGCUGAUGAAACUCGCGGAGGGUGACAGGGUUAAGGAGGUUCAUAAUAUCAUGAAGUACGAUCCGGGGACUGAGAAACUGUACACCCAGCUGCAGAGGGACUUUGCGAAUGUCAGGAAGUUUGAUGAGAAUGGGUUCUUGAAUAUUCACAGGGCCGUUCUCGAUGAGGAUGUCGUGGGGCUCAGGAAGCAACUGAUGCUUUUGAAGGCUUGCAAGAUCAGUGUGGAUAUACCCACGCAGGAGGGACAGACGAGUCUGGAGUUGGCGAUAAAAUUCGUCAAUUCAGAAGAAAUAAUUCGAUUGCUACUCCGCGCCGGGGCAAAUCCUACGUCAUCACAAACAGCUCACGAUUCAGCACUGACGAUGGCAAGCAGAGAGGGGAUGCGUUGUCUCCCUCUGCUUAUCAAACAUGCACCAACACCUGGGGCUCUCAACUACGUGGACUCAAGUGGAUUUGCUGCAAUCCAUCACUGCUCCCAACUCGGAAACUACGAUGGAGUGAUGGCACUGAUAGCAGCAGACGCAGACCUCAACGUUCGCGAUGGCAAAUCAGGAAGAACUGCCCUAUUUCACGCCCUGGAGAACGACGAGCUUAGAAUAGCGAGAGAGCUAUUGACCAGUGGGGCAAAACCGAACCUCCCCAACUUCGCAGGUCAAACGUGUUACCACCUGAUUGACGAGACCAAGCACGUCUCUUUGAAAGAUUUCCUGACGAAAACUACGAAGUAGAAUGAGACUCAUCCAAUCAAAUUUAAUAAUUUUUGGCUCAACGUUCGUCAUCAAUGUAACCCUCAUGUAGAACGUUGGGAAUUUUUUUUUUGUUAAGCACGUUUGUUGGAAGAAUAUUAUUUAUUGUAGGAUUCUAUCGGAUUUUUAUACCAUUUUGGACAUAAUAUUCUAGUCCACAUUAAUUUGAAUUAACUAACUCGGAGAAUCCGCCGUUUAUUUUUCAAAACUGCCUUUUGAGUAGGUGUAAUCAACUGUACCAGGUAAUUUUAAGAUGAACACUCAGAUGGAAGUGCCUAGGUAUAAUCGAUAUACGUAAUUACACUGAAUGAAUUUAGUGAUUUAGAAUUAAGAUGCUACGUUUUCUGUAUACUAUGAUAAUAAAAAUUGUUAUGACGAGUAAA